AUGCAUUGUGUUACACAGGUUUGUUAAGUGUGUAGUUUCGAAUGGUUAUUUUAUAAAAAUAGUCCACUAAACCAGUUGAUUACGUCUAAAUGAAUAACUUGUUUGUGACAACAUACAACAUAUUUCAUCAACCCCCGCUGGAAAUUUUGUCAUUUAACUGGAUUUACGAUUAGAACCCACACUGUACUGCGGAAAUACCAUCUGAGAAAUCGAUCAGUUUUGAUUGUCUGUGGGAGUCAUUUAAUAUAAUCCUUCAACAGUUCUUUCGAUCGAAAAACACAGGCAGAAGCUCUUGCUUUCGCGUUAACGGCCAUAUGCAUCUGUAGAUGUUACUAUUACCUGGAGGGAAUAUUGAGCUUAACCCAGGUGAUAAAUGGAAGCCUCUUUGUAGUAUCUGUUUGAGGCUCACAAAGUCAAACUGAGCAGGAAUUCAAUGCGACGAAAGCAAUUCGUGGUUCCAUCUAAAGUCUUGCGAAAUAACACCUGUAACUCUGGCUCACUCAUUUUUGACAUGCGCUUUAGCAUAAUUUAACCCCUAUUACUAAAUUAAAUUCAGCGCAGAUCAUCGCCGAGUGGAAAAGCUAGACAUCGUGUAUCUCUUCUACUGGGGUUAACAGUCCUUUUGUCGCUUAUAAGCUGGCUGAGGCGUUCAACUCCAAGGACAAAAGUUUCACUGAAUGAUGAAUAUGAUGUUUCUAUGCGUACACCUGAAGGUAAGAUUUGCUAAUCAUGAACGGGCAAGACUAAAAAGUUGAUUUUCCAGGUAUCCAGGAGGAUAUCUUUGGAAUGUAAACCAUGCUAGGUUGUAGAAAAGUUACCAACUUUAUCUACGACCUAGCAUGUUCGGAACCUAGAGCAUUUUUAUGUUUUGCUUCAUCGUGUCCGACUGGUGGAUUUUUUUUAACCUGUAUCUAAAAAAGCGUGGAAAACUUCAUCUUUACUUCUAAAACGAUGAAAUAAUUGAUCUCGCCAAAAAAUUUUUAUCUCAACUUAGUAUAUUUGCAAUGUCGUUUUUGUUUGGUAUUAAUCAAUUUCUAGGCCCUGUUUUUGAUUAUUUGAUUAUUUAGUGAUUCGCUCUGACGAAGGGCUAAAGCUCGAAACGUCAGCUUUGAAACUCUUUACGGUGGCCAAUUCACAUUAUCAACUACGACGAUAAAGCCACAUUAUCUUGUUAUACUCCCCCACCAACGCAGCACCUCAGUUUCUUAAGGAACUUACCCCAGCCCUGCAUUAAUCUGCUUAGUUAAGGCAGCCUGCUUAGUUGUACUAAAUAGUCUCGUACCCAGACCUUCCACGCCUAAGCCGUUGUACAUUUCAGUUACACGGUAGGCUCUGACCACCAAGUAUCAAUCGUGCAAAAUCUAAAACUGGUUUUUAAAUGGAUUUUUACAGGCAGCAAUAAGAACUCAAUCAAACAAGUAAUAUACAACGCACAAGCUCCAAACAAAUCGAAGAGGCAGCUACCAUCAUGGAGCGCUCGAUUACACCUUAUCAUCCAGUUUCCAGUUUUGAACACUUCCGGUAGCGUAGAAGAUCACGUGAUACAACGACAAGCCGAGUACAUUUACAGUCUACAACAAAAUCUUCUGAGUCCACAUGUGAGUCAAAACAUUAGACUGGUCAUUAAAUCUUAAAACAAUUUCAUAGGACUCGCGGGGCUGAGACUUAAGAGUAAAUAUAAUUCUUCUGUAUCUCAAUCCCUCCACCCACCGCCUUACUAAUGGAACUUCUGUCGCCGUAGCAGCUGACGUGUUUACUCGAUUAAGCCCACCGCAAACCACCGCCGCUUGUGAGAGCAAAAAUAUUGAUGAAAGCCACAUCAAGGAAUGUAGCGCUUAUUUAGGAAUUACGACUUAAACACGCGCAGGGUACAACUUUGUCUAAGAAAGCCUCGAAAAUUAAUCUUUCUUUAAAACGAUCUUUAUAAAUUCGAAAUGCGAUAUUUCCAUUUUCUCCGAUUCAAUCAUUGACCUCUGGUAGCGAUGCGAGCAAAAUGGUUCUCAGUUUUGCAAACAUCCAACUGAAAAAUCAACGGGUAAAAAGAUUGCACCUAUUUCGCCUAACGAAACGGGACAGUGACAGCUUUUUUAAACAUAUUUCUCUUUUUCAGUUUUAAAUGGCUUGGUGCAGAGGCAGAUCUAAUUGUCCGCCCAUUUCUCAAACGAGCCAAGACAGUGAAUGUUGUUUUGAACUUAUUUCUGGUAAUCAACUUUCAAAUAUUUUAGUGCAGUAGUAGAUGUAAUUUUACUUCCAGACAAAGAUCAUCAACAACUAGGUAAACGUUUUGAUGAAUAUACCUUUCAGAGACCUUUUGCUCGUAAAACCUAAUAGAAGUUAGUUUUUAUUUCCUCUAGGUUGAAGCAGUUCAUAUCCUCUGCGAAAAAGACCAAGAUCCUUUUUUCAUAAAAGCGCAGAAUUUGGAACAAGAUUGGAAGCUGGAGUUCAACACCUUAGGUCGACGCAUGCGCUAUAAAGAUGCCCUUGAAUUUGCUUCGAAACAUUUGAUUCGAAAAAACGCAAUGGUUUUGAACGCUGAUUGUUAUGUACAUAGAGGAUUUGAAAGACUGGACGAAAGUAUCUUGAGUAGGAAAACAAUGUACGCCCUUACCAGGCAUGAAAGUGCGGAAAAUAUACGUCUCUGCAAUGCGAGAGAUUUUUGUGGACCAAUGUCCAAAUAUAUUGGAUCUCACGAUGGAUUUCUGUUCAGACUUCUUGCACCAGUUUCCCCACGGUUAUUGGAAAAGAUCGACUAUCGUCCAAACAUUGCAGGCAUUGAGCGAGUUUUGAUUUUCAACUUCAGAAAAUAUGGAGGUUUUAGAGUAAAAAAUCCCUGUAAAAUCCUGCAUAUUGUUCAUCAUCACUGCAGCAGGCUGAGAAACAAGACAGAGAGACAUAUCCAAGGUCAACGAAUUGAUCGCUUUCUUAAUAUAACGGCUGGGCGGCAAGGGAAAGUUUUUAUGGCGCAGUUUUCUGGUUUAUAA